AUGAAUGUGUUGUUUACAAACAACCGUACCUUCGAGUUCGUGGCCGGCGGUCGCAAAAAGCCUGUCCUCUGCUAUCAGUCUUCCUCUGAAUACGGCAACGAAGACACCGAUGACUUCAAGGGUCGUCUCAGGGCGUCCACUAUCACCGAGGGAACCGCUAUUAAUGAGAACGCAUUGCCCACUGUCUUCAAAUGGGAAGGCGGUGGCAAAGAGGUGUUCAUAACGGGAACGUUCAGCGAAUGGAAACCAAUUAAGAUGUGUCACUCUCACGGAGACUUCGUUGCCAUCAUUGAUGUGCCCGAAGGAACACAUAAUUACAAGUUUGUGGUCGACGGACAAGAAGUAGUGGACGACAACAUCACUGUCGACGAGGAGAAGAGGAAUAACGUAAUUAAC